GGAAAUACCCAAGUAAUUUCGACAUUACGCAGCAUCAGCACCAAAGACUACAUGCUCAUAUCCCGAGAGGAUACAUUCAGAGCUAACGAACGUCUGAACAGGAAGACUUCGUCUAGGGCGCCCCUUUCGCCAACUCCACGAGCUUAUCAUCGUUCACCCUGGUCCAUCCAGUGGGCUUGCACCAGGAUAUCACAGAUCGUGAAACUUCCACACCUUGGAAACCAUGCUUUGCCUGUCUUAUGUCCUGUACAUACAGUCCAUUGGCUUUAUCCAUUGAAGAUACGACGAUAUUUCGACAACCACCGAUUAACCGACGGAUAAAACGCUGAGGCAAUUUGCACCACGACGCACCCAAAAGAUGCCGCGGGUUGUUGCGGAUAGUGAGGUUCACGCCUGUUAGCGCCGCCGAAUAAAAAAAAAGUAUAAUCUUUAUACGAUCGACGUCGCAGGGUCGAUGUACCGAAUAGAAUUGUUGUCAAUUGUUGUUGUAUCGUGAACAUUUCGAAGUUGCAUGUACAACGCUCUCCAUAUCAUCUACGUAUACUUUCAACUACGUUGAUGCCAUCGUUUCCGAGACGUGAAUUUGUUCACCGGCCAUUCCACGCCCCCCGGUGCCGCUUGGCAUUUUCCCUGGGAAAAAAAAGUUCGGCAACAACGAUUUAUGCUGUAUUGUCUGUUACUGUCAGCCGAUACGUGUCCGACUUGACUAACGGACAUAACGGACAUAACGGGUAGUCCAUGAACUGAUGUCAGUGAGCUGUGUGCUGAUCGGCUACUUUGGGAAGAACUCAACACUCCAACGGGAAUUAGAUCCAUCUUCAUCAUCUGCUACAGGAUUAACCUUGGAGGGCAAGGCCGCAUCUGAUUUUUUAGAAAUUUCUAGGGAAAUGGAUCCUGCUGGUGGGGUUGGUAGUGGCGAUGCUGACGGAGAUAGACGGGGUGCUGGACGCGGGCGAGGACGUGGAUGCUGGACACAAAAUACUCAGGAACAUCAGCAACUGAGGAGACCUCGACAGGCUGCACUUGGAAACCAAAGCAUAGGAUCUGUCAAUGAUAUGGUGAAAAAUUCCACGCUUUCUGUGGAUGCUGCUGAAUUUGUUCCUAAAAAUUAUUCUAAUCCUCCACAAGGAACGGAUGGAUCCUGGCAACGCCCCUCAGUUCAAAAUCGUUUACAACUAGCAAGGCAGCCUGGGGCAUGUCCACAAACGAAUCAGAUGAUGAUGCCACAGAGACAAGUAAUGCAUCAUCAACAGCAGUCGCAUUAUGGUGGUCAGCGUCAGCAGCAUUAUCCUCAGCAACAGCAUCAUCAACAACAGUUUCAGUAUCAGCAGAAUGCUGAGAUACCACAACAACAGCAACAUCAACAUCAACGAUAUAAUCAAUAUUCAAAUGCUCGAGACUACGGUCACUAUGAUGGUGGAUCGGGUGAUUAUAAUAACAGACAUCAGCAGUCAGCCCCUGGUCGUGAGAACAACGAUCAUGGAACGGACUUGGCUAGUACCCUCAGACAAUUAGACAACGCUAUGCGCUCUCUGACCUUAAACCCUGGUCGAUUCGAUUCUCUGGUUGCACCACUUGUCGAUACCAUAAGUCUUUACCUAGAGAAUCCUAGUCAAGCACAAGAAAUCAUUGCUGCUAUUAUUCAGCAGUCGAUAAACGAAGGAAACUUUCGAUAUAGUGGAGCUAGAUUAUGUACGCAUUUGGACACAGUCACAGCGCCCACAGACAGAGUCACCUCUACAGUCCGAGAUACUUUAUACUCCCGGUGCCGCAAGGAAUCUGAAGCGUGCAGUCGCGCCUGGAUAAGCGAAGAGGAGCAUAGUCCAAAUGUCGAGAAGAAAUGUCAUGGGUUGAUAUUGUUUUUAGCAGAACUUGUAGCUCAGAUGGAGCCCGACCCAGCAUCUGAAUUAGGAAAGAUGCUAGUUGAUCUGAUCUCUGUGGUACUCAAGAGUCCUGCUCCAAAUUCCGCUAAGCACAUAUGCCAAGCACUGAAGUUGGCUGGGCACACCCUGGAGAGAGACAGCAGCAACAAUCGUAGAGAAGUCGAGCGCGUAAUGCGUUCCUUGACGGAUCUAGUCACCAACGGACUCGUAGAUCAGCACGUAGGUCGUAUGGUUCACAGUGUUCAUCAGCUUCGCAGUAGUCAUUGGGGUCGAAUCGCUGGUCAUCGACCAUUGCCUAUGGAGAUGAAUCAAUCAUCAACAACACCACAGGCUCCUGACGAGCCCGUGCUCUACGGUCCUGACGGCAAUGUUCUUUCACCGGAGGAGAGUAGGUUCCUGCAAGAUCUUGCGGAGGAAGCUGCUGGUCCUGAAGAAUUUGGUGAGGCCGAGAACGAAGACUGCGAGGAACAGCUGUGGGAGGAAGAUGAGGAUGACGUAAUAGCUGCUGCGUAUGAGGAAUUUUUGAAGCUUGGGCCGAAUAAAAAUGACGGCAGAGCACGCCGGUAAACGAUGCGCAACUCAAGCUAUCGUAAUUGAUUGUCGCGAUGCGUAGCGACGCUUUUUAAUUUGCUGCCAUCCCUAGGACCCAUCUAGAAAUAUUUCUAAGGAACCUCUAGUUAGCGGCGCAACUCUGAAUUCCUAUAGGAAACUAUGUGGGCUCGACGUGACUACUUCUAUAUCCUACAAUAAAAUAAAGAUUACAUAAAUGAGUGUAGACGUAAGUCGAUUUUAGAGAUAGACGUAAAGAAGUUAAACGUAUUUAUGGGAUAAUGGCUACAUACGAUGCACCGUAUCGACGAAUAAAAAUAAAAAUAUUGGAAAUAAACGAAAAAAAAUAUAUAUACAUAUACAGCACCGAGCACAGGAGUUAAUCGCUUAUUUUAUAUGAAUCAACCUUAGGAUAUAUAAUAAAACCUCUUUACCAUGA